CUGACAGAUGAGUCCAGCGGGUAUGAGAGAUAAGUCAUGAGUGGCACACAGUGAGCAGAGCUCAGCCUAUCCACUGGCAUGAGGAAAGGUGGGGUGGCAGUUAGCCUGUGAUCAUGGGGUGGCAGAUGCCCUCUCAGAACUGGCUGCGCUCGGGCUGGAUGACAGCGGUGCUGGUCAUGGUCGGGUCGUCUCUGCUGUACCCCGUCCUGUGGAGCACAAUCUGGCAGCUCUAUGGAGCAAUUACCGGAAGCUACAUCUCAGGCGCCCACUCCCUGGCCCUCAUCAACUGCCCCAGCGAGCAGAUAGCCAGAGAAAUCGCCAGGGGGAUCUUGGAGAAGAAGCUGGCGGCCAGUGUGAACAUUCUGCCAAAAAGCUCAUCACUCUACAUCUGGAAGGGCGAAAUCGAGGAGUCCAGCGAGGUGCUGCUGGUUGUCAGGACCCGAACAGCGCAGCUCCGGGAGCUCUCCGGAUACGUGCGGCUCAUUCAUCCCUUUGAAGCCCCGGAUUUUAUGACCGUGCCCAUCGAUCUGCAGAACCGGGACUACGCUAAGUAUAUAGAAGAGGUGAUGGAGGGGAAGGGACGCCCCCGGUGAAGACGCUCCGUGAGAAGUAGCAGCUGCCAUUUCACUUGUAGUCACAGGCGACGACCAUGGUCAUGUGGUGCAUGUCCGCUGCAGAAGAUGGAUGAUGGGAGUAGUGGCCUGCGCACACAUGGACCGUACCUCAGCAGGCUGGGGGGCCCUCACUCCAGUUUAUUUCCACAUUACGUCUUUUGCAGCAAAACCGCAGCAUAACUGAUGUGAACAAAGCCCAAUCUCCUUCUAUAGAACUGGAGAGGACAGAACCUGAACCCCCCAUGGGCCUUACCCCUCCUAAUAAAGCCACCCAGGACCUCCAGCUUG